CACCGGCAGGAUGCGGUCGCCUUUGGGGCCCUGGCGGCCCCGCUGCGUCGCUCUCCUUCUCGUGCUGGCCGAACUAUUGAUCCAGCUCCACGCUGCAAACAGGAGCUAUGAGGUUGAGUUCGACAGCGCCGAGUGUAUCUACGACGACACCUACUUCGGCGAGGGCACGGGCACGUUCUUGCGUCCAAAGGACAAGUCCGGGCACUCGCAGAUCUCCUCUGUCAAGGACAUUAUAAAGGAACUGCCAAACAACACCAUGAUAGAUACAAGUCUUUACGAGAUGCACCAGAAGAGGUACAUUCAAAGCUUCAUCAAGUACCGCACCAACCUGUGUGACUACUUACGCAAGGAGAAUAGGCCCAUAUUUAGAAGUUUCAAGACAUAUUACAAGUUCCCUCCCUCAUGUCCGCUUGUGGGUUAUUACAAGUAUGACAAUCGAAGGUUCGAAGAUCUUCAGCCGCCAAUUUUGCCUGGUCCUGAAAAGUUGGAAGAUAGUUAUCCACGCUACUUCCGAAGGAAAGUCUUUGAUGAAGGAAACGGUCACGUUUCACAUUGA